AUGGAAAACAUCUGUGUCUUUGAGAUGAGUCGUUCAAACAUUGCAAUGAGUAUGUUAGACGGCAACAUUUUAACAAACAAAAAGUCGCUGACAUUUGAUGACGUCAGUGAAGCUAUUCCCAUUGAAAAGGAGUCUCGUGAACUCCUCUGUGUUGGCAACAAAGGCAAAGCGUGCGAAUUUGAAAUAUUUGUGACCCCACACUGCACUUUGAAAUUACACGACGAUAUGAUGAUAGUCACCAUGAACAUCGAAAACAGUGAGACUGUGUCUGUUCCAAUUGCUAUUGAAAUCACAACAGAAAACUUGACCAAAUUGGAUUACAACGAGUUGAAAGAAGACAAGAAACUUGGUGAAGGCUUUUUAAAAUUGUUUACAAAGGAACUUACAGAGGAAAUGUUGUUGUUAUCGAAAAAAUGA